AUGGCAGCCAAGCACUUGCUCUCUGAGUGUAGUAUUGCUAUUAACCACUUGGCAUCUUAUGAUGCUUAUUUACCUAUGACCUGUAAUUCCACUGAAGAUUCAGUAGAACCUCUUUUUGCCAAUUUCUUUGAAUACCAAGCUGAGGUGAAGUGGGAAAAUGGAAAGCAAUUCCUAAAACAUCUAAGAAAAUGUAGGAGUAAAAUCUGCCUUCUAGUGUUUAAGAGGCCUGAGAUAGAUAACUGGCAAACAGGCAUAAAAGCUCUAGAGAAAACCGCUGCUCUAGAGUCUGCCCUGGAAUUGAAGAACCAGUUAACCAAGCUCCUGCUAGACCUGAAGACCACAGCUUCUUCCAAAAAUGAAUAUGGCAUCUUAUGCAUUUUGGAAAAGUUCCUGGAUGAACAGAAUGAUGAUACAAACGACCUGCAAUUCCAGCUAGGAUACUGUAAGGAAUUAGAGAAGCAGGCCUAG